AUGUUGGCCUCUCAACAAGCAGAGAACUGUCUAGGCAUUAGAUUGGUGUGGGACAUCAUCCAGGAAAAGACAACCCCCGCCGAUCGGGACUUCGCCCUUCACGCGGUAGGAAAAGAUCUGGUGGAGCGUAAUGCAGAUGUCUACCAUGAAGCGCUGACCAAUGCUGAAAUACUAUGUGACAUGUUUGCCAACGUGGUCACUGCCUCCGAUUCUGCUAGUACCUUGAUCCAGACAAUGGGUCUCUAUCCCCACUUCGGCGAGCAUGAGGCAUUGCUUAAAGAGGUCGUUGACUUGCUGAAACAGUCUGGGCCAGAGAAAAGGGCUCUAGUGUCGAGGUCAAAGAGUCAAGCACGACGUCUUAACGAGGUAGCAGAAGCAUAUCACAAGCAAGAGAAGUUUAAAGCAUCCAAGGUUGUCCAACGCAUCCUCUCCUCGAAAACCGUUAAAACACUGGCCGGCCAGGCGGAUGCUAAACAUAUCAGCUAUGUCAGCGACUCUCUCUUUGCUACCUCGGCACCUAGUACGGUUGGAGAUACACCUUCCACAUUACAUGCAUACACGUCGCAUUUACCGUCUCUCGAGGAAGCAGCUCCAGCCCUCAAUCCAAUCCCUUCUUCUCCAGUACAAGUAGUGCCACAGGUGCAUACUCUUAUGAAGGAUAGUGGUAAUGAUAACAGUGAUGGUAGUGAUGAAGAUGAAGGUGACGUAGACUUUUACGCUAUUGAUAGCCCGCCGACUAGAGAUCAAUCCGGGACAGGUCCAGAAAAACAGCCAGAGCCUGAAGAGCAGGUGGUAGAUCCACCCAUCUAUGAUGCCAGUACAUUGCGUGAGCUGAAAUUAACGGCGUCAGACUAUACUGGCGAAUUCAUCAUCAGAGUCAGAAGUAUGCUAGAGAUUGAGUACAACUAUUUACUCAAGAAAGUGGAAAAGAUACAGAACACCAUAACCAAUACAGCCAAGGUUAGCGAGGUUGCACUUGCCAUUUCGCAAGAGCUCGUGGAGUCAGCUAAGAGCCUAACAGAAGCAGAUCUUAUUAGACUCCGGGGCAUUGUAGCACACCAAGCCUAUGAUCAGGACACAGGUGGGAAAAGCGCUAAGCCGCCAUUGCUGCAAGAAAAUAGGUCUAAACAACUGCUUGCCUCUCCUACUCAUAGCAUGACAACGCCCUUAGCUGGGUCCAUGUCUACGCUCAAGUGUCUCCCUAAGAUAGGCAAGUGA